AUGUCAAGCGGCGGACGUUCUCGUCUUCGCGACCGCGCGAGUGAUAGAUUGAAAAUUACUGCGGCGCGAUUAUCGUUACGUAAAUACAUGUCAAUCGGUGACGUAAACGACGCGUCCGGACUUGCAAGAUUUGCGCAAUGUCUUCCUCAGCCGUUGUUUUCAUCUUGUAGACUUUUCCCCGCCCCGUUACUCCCGAGGGAGAAACAUCGCGUCGUCUUUUGUGGCCCUCCGAAUGUUUUAGCUGGAUUAUGCAUCAGCUUCCACUGAAUAUCCUUGCUGCUUUUCAGUUUGUAAAUGCUACAACAUGCCGCCCAAGCAGAGGAAAAUAGCUAUUAUGGGCUAUAGAUCCGUAGGUAAAUCAUCCCUUAGUAUACAGUUCGUCGAGGGACAAUUUGUAGACUCGUAUGAUCCUACAAUAGAAAAUACGUUCACAAAAAGUACACGAGUAAAUAGUCAAGAUUACGAACUCAAGUUAGUAGAUACGGCCGGUCAGGAUGAAUAUAGUAUAUUUCCUACUCAGUAUUCGAUGGACAUCCACGGCUACGUUCUGGUGUAUAGCAUAACCAGUGCGAAGAGUUUUGAGAUUGUACAAAUUAUUUAUGACAAAUUACUCGACAUCACUGGAAAGCUCCACGUUCCGAUCGUAUUAGUGGGCAACAAAACGGAUCUGUACGUUGAUCGUAUGAUCACGACAGAUCAAGGAAAACGUUUAGCAAACUCCUGGAACGCAGCAUUUUUAGAAACCAGUGCGAAACAAAAUGAGUCUGUUGCAGAUAUUUUUCACACAUUACUGAAAGAGAUCGAGAAGGCCAAUGGGAAUGUACAAGAGAAGCCGAAUUGCAUUAUUUGUUGAAUUGCCUGAAUCGAUGGCGUUAACAAAAAUGUAAAUGUGUAAAAUUGGGUAAAAAAACUCAUUGGCAUUAUACUCUGAUACCUUUACAAUCCCGUUAAGAUAAAUCCAAGUGUCAAAAAGCGUAAAAGAAAGGUGCAUGUGAAACGAUUAUAUUUAAUUUUUUUUCCUCGCCAUACAAUACCUAUGUUUAUUAGAUGAUUUAGUUAUCGAUAUACACAUGACACAACAAUGGAAAAUAUUUA